UGUGGUGUAGUACUAUGUUAAUCAAAUGACAACGCAUUAAAUUUCAAAACAUCUUCAGACUGAGCGAAAAUUAAGUGAUAUUAAGUUUUUAGUUAAAUCCUGCACGCAAAAUGGUCACCCUAAUGCCAUAUAACUAUGCAGCGCCGCGUUGCGGAUUAAUUGAUAAAAUGAUCGAGCCAAAGGUUAAACGUCCCAAAACAGAGCAUUCGGAUACACAUGAACGCAAUCGUCUCUGCCAAAGUCAACAGCAGCAGCAACAACAACAACAACAACAACAGCAGCAGCAGCAGCAGCAGCAACAACAACAGCAACAGACACAUUCAAGCGCCGUGUUGGCCACCAGCAAUGGGCCCAGCAGUGCCGGCGCCAACAUUGGCGUUGGCAUUGGCGUGGGCGUGGGAGUGGGCGUGGCUGGGCAAUGCAGCCCAUUGGGAUUGCCACCGCAGAUACAACCGCUGCAGCCAACGAUUGGCUCGCUGAGUGGACACUAUGCGACAAGCAACAACACAAACACCGGCAGCAACAAUAACAGCAGCAGCAACAACAACAGCAACAACAACAGUAACAACAACAACAACAAUCAAAAUCCUAGUAGCUGCAGUUUGGCCGCAGCUGCCACCAGUUUUGCACAAUCGUCGGGCAGCAGCUUCUCCACAUAUCAACAGUCCAGCGAUGAGGUGGGCGUUGGCGUGGGCGUGGUCGGCGUUGGCGUCGGCGUCGGCGUCGGUCAUCCGUCAGCGAUGUCGCAUUGGACGCACGACAGCAGCAGCAUUGCGACGGCUGUCAAAUCGGAGUCACGCAGUCCCGGCCAGGUGCAUGCCACACUGGAUAACGGUAGCGUUGCGACCGCUGCCAGCGUCAGCGCCAAUCUGUAUGGCUGCGCCGAGAGCAGCGCUGCCAGCUCGGCGGUGGCUGCGGCAGCGGCAGCUGUGUACGACAGCAAGCAUGAUUAUUACUACUACAACAGCAUGCAACAGUAUACGCCCCCGCCCUUCUACUCGGGAUACGGCACUCCCUAUGCCGCAGCCAGUUCGGCGGCGGCAGCGGCACGUGGUGCCAAAAUGGAGCCGGCGGCAGCGGCGGCGGCAGCGGCGUAUCUGACGCCGACCUAUGCCAGCGGUGGCAACAACAAUUCGCAGUUGUACAGCAAUCCGUAUGCGGGAUACAAUAAUUUUGCUCAACAGGAUUACGGCGGAUAUUACAAUGAGCAGUAUGGCAAUUAUUACAAUCCGGCUAACUAUUCACCGUAUGCGGUGAGUUCGCCUAGUUCGAGUGCCAGUCAUGGCUUUCAUGUGGCGACCGCAUCCUCGAAUCUCUCGGAGAGUCCAACGGACACGCACUCGACAACGCCGGUGCAUCCGGCAACGCACUCGCCGCAUUCCCCGCUCCCGAUCUCAAUGUCACCGAAUGCAUCGGUGAAUGUUGUCACAGCUGCCACAGCAUCGGCCACACUUAACUCGAGCGGAGGCAGCAGCGUCGGCACCACCGGCUCCGCCUCGGCCACCAAAUCCACGCCCACGGGCAAGACGGGCAGGGCGCGGGGUCGACGCCAUCAGCAGCCGAGUCCGACGCGCAGCACAGCCUCGGAUACGGGCAACAGUGAGACGGUUAAGCCGCCGGAACGUGUUUUCAUCUGGGACCUGGACGAGACGCUGAUCAUCUUCCACACACUGCUAUCGGGCAGCUAUGCCAAUCGAUAUACCAAAGAUCACAGCACACUGAUGACCAUUGCAUUCCGCAUGGAGGAGAUGGUCUUCAACAUGGCCGAUACUCAUUUCUUUUUCAAUGAGAUCGAGGAAUGCGAUCAGGUGCACAUCGAUGACGUUAGCUCCGAUGAUAAUGGCCAGGAUCUGAGCACCUAUAACUUUGCCACCGAUGGCUUCCACACCGGCACACCGCCCGGCGCCCCGCCCAAUCUCUGUCUGCCCACUGGGGUCCGUGGUGGUGUCGACUGGAUGCGCAAACUGGCAUUCCGUUAUCGCAAGAUCAAGGACAUCUACAACACCUACAGGGGAAAUGUGGGCACCUUGUUGGGACCGGGCAAACGAGAUGCCUGGCUGCAGAUACGCUCCGAAAUCGAGGUGGCCACCGAUAAUUGGGCCACCUUGGCGCUCAAGUGUCUCAGCAUGAUUUCCCAGCGGGAGAACUGCGUCAAUGUGCUGGUCACCUCUACCCAGUUGGCACCAGCGUUGGCCAAAGUUCUGCUCUUUGGUCUGGGCAGCAUCUUUAAUAUUGAAAACAUCUAUAGUGCCCACAAGAUUGGUCAGGAAACCUGCUAUGAACGCAUCGUGACCCGGUUUGGACGCAAGAGCACCUACGUCGUCAUUGGGGAUGGCGCCGAGGAGGAGUCAGCGGCCAAGGCCAUGAACUUCCCAUUCUGGCGCAUUUCCGCCCACAGCGACAUACGCGCUCUUUACACUGCCCUCGACAUGGGCUUCUUAUGAAAGGCUUAUGGCGGUUAAAAGCGCUCCGAUAAAUCGCUGGCGUUUUGCGCGCGUUUUAACGUACAGUUUUGAGUACAAAAGAAAAAAAAAUAAACUAAACAAAAUGAAUGAAUAUGAAAACAAAAACAUAAAUUAACAUAUAUAAUUUAUUUAUGCAUGUCUAUGUGUGUGAGACAAAACUGUAAACCAGCGCAAAAUAAUUUAAUUAUUUUGUUUAUAAACAAUUUAUACUUUAAUGCCAAGACUUUCAUUGUAUUAUAUAGUUUAUAAAUUUCAUUAACGAGCAUAAAACAAUUCUCGCCAGCAUCCAACUGUAAGAAUUUGUUUAAUUAUACUUUUAAUUAAUGUAUUGUAAAUUACCGAUUAAUAUCCUAUAAACAAUUAUACAUAUACGUAUCUAGCACCCUAGAGUAGCAAACAAUAAAAUAAACAAAUAAAAUUGGCGAGAAACUGCAAA